GCUCGCUGAGAAAUUUUAGGGGAUCACCAAACCAGCGGUUUUUCUGAACCUCUCAAGCUCUUGCUCCCAUUCCUUCUUUUUACUGUCAUUCUGGUAACAGCUUGGCUUUAAUGGACAUUGCUUCAACUGCACCAAAGAUUAAGUCUCCUCUGCGUGCAAACCACUCGGCAGCAGAUUUAUUUGUAUCGUCGUCGUCGCCCUCAUUGCGACCACAACUCACUCGCUCACAGUCCACUCACAGCCGAAAUUCUUCCGCAUCUUCAGUAAACAGUACCGUCCACCCACAUUCCCCGAAUCCAUCCUCAUUAAGACAUACUAUUCCCACACCUAUAUAUCACCACGACCAGGAGGCUGAUAUCGGAGAAGGCUUUUCAACAUCUCACCCACAAUAUAACCAUCUCCUUACUGGGCUUUGUCAUUCCGAGCCAUUUUUAGCUCCAGCGCUCGACUCUCAACACUCGCAGUCUGGCAGCUGCACUACUGCAAGUUUAUCGGACGAAGAAGAAGCUAGCAGUCGAACCAGUAGUUCGGAUGUACUUGGUGCAGGAGCCAUGUUCGAAAUCGAUACAGAUAUAACAGAACUUCGAGACAAUAACAAACUAUCCAACUUAAGCCCAGAUAUACUCGCCAAGUUUCGGCAAUGGAUGGUCGGUUUUUGCGUCGUCAACUUUGAUCUAGAAAUUGGCCAAGCACUUGAUUUUAUAUACCCUCCGGUGGACUUAUCAGAAUAUGAAGAAAAAAACAUUUGUUUUUCUGCUUUCCCGGAUUCCAACGUUUUUGAAGUCGGAGAUCAGGUGUACAAUGUUCGAAUCCGCGCAAGUGGGUCUGGCCUUACAGCGUCAGGCCCAACUGCUGAUGCUGGCUUCCUAUAUGGCUAUGUAUUUUUCCGUCAAAAGAAAGAUGAGAGGAUACGGCGAGGUUAUUUCCAGAAAUCGCUGGUGUUGCUCUCGCAACAUCCUUUUGUAGGCUUAUUUUCACGUGUUGUGUCUAUGCUAGGGCCUGCCUUCUUUGACCUCGGUCAGCCUAUGUUAGAAGCUGCUUGUGCCAGUAUCGCCAGUUGGAAUGGUCCUCUUCCUGGACAGAGCUAUGAUUUACCCUUACUAGGCACUGUCUUGCAAGUAGAAAUUCCCUAUCCACAUCGACCUCAACUACUAGAGACCAGUCGCUUUGAUUUGAAUUCGUUGAAACCAGAAACUCAGAUCCUCGCUUCUAUACCACCUGGUACAUUGUAUAAGCAUUUUAGCAAUAUGCUGGAUGAUUUGUGGCUACUCUGGGAAUUGGUGCUUCUGGGAGAGCCUUUGAUUGUGAUGGCCCCUGAGCCUGGUAUAUGUAGUGAAAGCAUAGUUGCUCUCAUUGAUUUGAUCAAUCCUAUACCUUACUGUGGAGACUAUAGACCUUACUUUACAAUACAAGACUCGGACUUUCGAUCAUUCAUCACUAAGAGCAUGCCACCCUCCAACCUCAUUCUCGGAGUCACAAAUCCCUUUUUUAAUAAAGCCAUUGGACACUGGCCCCACAUCGUUCGAGUCGGGCGACAUCAACACCGAAAACCAGACGGAACCAUCAUACCGGAACACGGACGACAUGCGAAGGGAUCUCAUUCAAGACCUAAUGGAACGCUGGACUUCGUUCAAGGUGUGACAUCCAAGCGAAAAGCAACGAUAUCAAAGGACAAGGCAUUACUCAAAAUGUUGGUAGAGUCUAGAGUUCGCGGCCAUUCAUCUGCCUAUGUACUCAACAAUAUUUUAAGACGACAUUUUGCGGAUAUGACUGAGAAAUUCUUAACACCUCUCAAUCGUUAUUUUAAUCAACUGCUUCCGACGAAUGUGAGUAGCUCGACUCUCAAGAAGGGUCAAGGACAACUCAAGCCAUUCCAAUCCGAUCAGUUUUAUCGGUUUCUCAAAGACAAUCCACCAUCGCUACAAUUCAAGUCCACGUUCAAAGCUCGAGCGACCACCGGGGAUCCAGUUCGAGAGUUUUAUACUCAGUUUCUCAAAUGCGGCAAUUUCGCAACAUGGUUACGUCUACGUACCAACGAGGCUCAGAACGAAAUUAAGCAUCGUUAUAUUCGAAAACUAUGCGAGACCGAUGUCACAAAAAAAAUUGCGUCUAGUCGAGAAGUGGAAGCCGUAGAUCUUCUGGUUCGAUAUCAAGAUGCUCUUCACCUUGUUCAAGAUGAAGACGCACAUAAUACAACGGAUAUCGAGAAACUACAAAAGCAAAUCGAUAUCAUCAUUCGAACGCUUCCGGCUGAUUUACGAAACUCUUUGGAGCAUUAAAAGCAAACACUUGCACAAGUCUUGAUUGCCUUUCGUGCUGCCGGUCCAAAAAUAGGGAGCUCCUCGGUUACCAAUUAAGUCCGCAACCCAGACCACUCUUUAAAUUGACUUAUUUUUAUUUUUUUUAUUUUCUACUUUUUUCUUCUGUUCCACUUUGUUUUUCUCUUUCUUUGCAACUUCCAUUUCUCUUUGUUUUCUCUACUGG